UGUGUGCACUGUCCCAAGUAGAGGGACACUUCAGGACAUGGCAGGAAGAAACCCUACAGGUGUACUUGUUCUCCACAUUCUUUGUCUCUUAUGUGGGAUCGCCCUUUGCUUGCCCGCUGCAAAAAUAAUAGACUAUGAUGUGGACGGCGGCUGGGACCUUGACAUUUUUGACAUCAACGAAGAGGCAGGACUGAAUCUCGUAGAGGGAGACAUUGUGCUUGAUGAGAGGCAAACCCGAAAUUCCAUCAUAGGGGAUGAGUACAGGUGGCCAAAGACGAUCCCAUACUACAUGGAAAAUGACUUAGAGAUCAAUGCAAAAGGUGUGAUUCUGAAGGCCUUCGAGCAGUACCGGCUCAAGACCUGCAUCGACUUCAAGCCUUGGAACGGAGAAGCAAACUACAUUUCCAUCUUUAAAGGGAGCGGCUGCUUCUCCUCUGUGGGAAACCAGCAUGUUGGGAAGCAGAGACUGUCAAUAGGGACUAACUGUGACCGCAUCGCCACCAUCGAACAUGAGUUCCUUCAUGCUCUGGGUUUCUGGCAUGAGCAGUCCAGGGCAGACCGCGAUGAUUAUGUCGAAAUCAUGUGGGACCGCAUCUCAGAGGGUAAAGAACACAACUUCAACACCUACAACGACACCACCUCCAGCUCUCUGGGCGUACCCUACGACUACGGUUCCAUGAUGCACUACAGUAAAAACGCCUUCCGCAAUGGCUCUGAGCCCACCAUCGUCACCAGGAUCCCCGCUUUCAGUGAUGUCAUUGGCCAGCGUAUGGAGUUCAGUGACAGUGACCUGCUCAAGCUGCACCGCCUCUAUAACUGCACCCAAGCUGCCACAUUCCUGGACUCGUGUGACUUUGAACGUGAGAACAUCUGUGGUAUGAUUCAGGGACAGGAGGACAAGGCAGACUGGGACAGGGUCACCAAAGCUGCUGGAGGGCCAAACACUGACUACUCCAACAUGGGCAAAUGCACUGGUUCGGGGUAUUUCAUGCACUUCAACACUGGCAAAGCCACCGCUGGGGAUACAGCUGUGCUGGAGAGCAGGCUCCUUUACCCCAAAAGAGGAUACCAGUGUCUUCAGUUCUUCUACUACAACAGCGCCGGCCAAAACGACACACUGAAAAUCUCUGUCAGAGAGUAUGACAAAGCUAACCCCAAAGGAACUCUGCGCUUUAUAAAGACCAUAGAUGGGUCCCCUCAGGAGCUGUGGCAACUGCACCACGUGAGUCUAGACGUCAAAACAAAAUUCCGGGUUGUCUUUGAAGGGACCAAGGUGGGUUCUGAGUCCUCAACAGGAGGGCUGUCACUGGAUGAUAUCAACCUCUCUGAGACCACCUGCCCAGAGUUUGUGUGGCGGGUGAAAAACUUCGAUCAAGUAAUGAGCGACACCCCAGUUAACGAAUCAAUCUUUAGCCCACCAUUCACCUCUAAGGAAGGUUACACCUUCCAAAUGCAGCUCUACCCCAGCGGUAAGGCAAGCUACCCUGGUGAGCUGUCAGCCUACGUUCAUCUUGUGGCCCGUGAAGGGGACACUGGACAGAUAUGGCCGUGCCCCUGGAAACAGAUGACCAUGAUGCUGAUGGACCAGCACCCACACAUCCAAAAGCGCAUGUCCAACCAGCGCAGCGUCACCACUGACCCCAACAUGAAAGCAACAGACUCGGACCAGUUUUUCUGGGACGACCCUCGCAAGGUGGGCGUUGAGGUCAAUGACACAGAUGGCUCCACAUAUUUCCGAGGGCCGGGCUGCGGCACUGCAGUGUAUCUCACCCACCUCAGAGCCAGGAGCAGGGAUUUUAUAAAGGGAGGAGACGCCAUCUUUCUCCUCACCAUGGAGGAUGUGUCUCAUCUGACAGCGGCCCAGCCGACACCAACCGCACCAACUACAACAAUUACAGCAACCCCACCAACUACAACAAACGCACCAGCCACACAAACCAAACCAACCCCCGAUGUUUGCUCCGGUGUGAAAUGUCUGAAUGAUGGAGUCUGCGUGGUGGACGAAGAUAAGGCUGUUUGCAGGUGUGCGGUGGGCGGUGACUGGUGGUACUACGGGGACCUCUGUCAGCACAAGGGCUCCGUCGAGGAAAACACCAUCAUUGCAGUCGCCUCGUCUCUAUCUGUGCUGGCAGCGAUGAUUUUGAUUUUGAUAGUCAGUGUCGUGUGUGUGAAAAAGAAGUAUAAGAAGCGCAGAAAUGACGACAGUCUCGUCAUGAAAAACGGAGUCGUCGUGAAUGACUUUUGAGGCUCCUCUCCAAUGACAAUAACUUUAAGUGAAACAAAUCAAUGCCUCCCAGUUGAAUGUUGAUGCUAAAUAGAUUGUAGAGGCGACUCUGGAUUUAAAGAUUCUUUGCUUUUAGCUCAAAA